AAGAAUUUCAUUCCACUUUAUAUUGUGAAGUCCGUGCUAUCUUUGUAUUUUUCGAUAAUGUCGUAAAAGAAGUUAUAUGUCUUAAGCAGAGAGUACAGUAUAUGAAGAGCUGUAUCUUAAGUACAAACAAUUUUAGCCUUAGAAGUCUGAAUCAAACAAAAACCAGAUCAAGUGAUAAUCUGUUGUUUGUUAUACGAGCAUGGAGUCGAUCUGGACUUACAUUUUCUGGUCUAUACUGAUGAGUUUGGCCGCGAUUCUUUGGCAUCUGAGAAGUUCUGGUCACAAUGCUAAACUCCCUCCAGGUCCCAGGGGCUGGCCAAUUUUUGGCAACGUAUUCGACUUGGGAAACUUGCCGCAUAGGAGCCUAGCAGCACUGAAACCGCAAUAUGGUCCUGUUGUGUGGACAAACCUCGGUUCUGUCAAGACCAUGACAGUUCUGUCUGCAGCUGCUGCAGAAGAGCUGUUCAAGAACCAUGAUCUCUCCUUCAUUAACAGGACUAUUGUCGAGACAAUGAGGUCACAUGACUUUGGCAAGUGCUCUACGGGUUCAGUUCCUUAUGGUGACUACUGGCGGACUUUGAGGCGGAUAUGUGCUGUUGAGCUCUUCACGGCUAAGAAGCUGAAUGAAACUAAGGUGAUCAGACAGAAAUGGGUGGAUAAAAUGGUGCUGUGGAUUGAAAAAGAGAUCAAAGAACGCGGAAGUGCAGGAUUUGAGCUGACAGACUAUGUGUUCCCAGCGUUGUAUAAUAUGAUGGGAAAUAUUCUGAUAUCACGCGACUUGGUGGAUCCACAUUCGAAGAUUGCCUCUGAGUUUUACAUCGCGAUGGCAGGAUUUUUGGAAUGCAUGGGUCGGCCUAAUGUGUCAGAUAUAUUCCCGUGGCUGAGAUGGCUUGAUCUGCAAGGAUUAAGGAAGAGAAUGGAUCGCGAUCUGGGGAAAACAAUAGAAAUUACUUCUGGAUUCGUGGAGGAUCGUGUCAGACAGCGGAGAAAGAAAGAAGGGGACUUGUCAGAGAGCAAGGACUUCUUAGAUGUCUUGCUGAACUCAAAGGACACUGAAUCGGAUGAACGAGUGAAGCUCUCUGACCACCAAAUCACCAUUUUUCUACUAGAAAUGUUUUUUGGUGGAACAGAAACAUUUAGUGCCACAAUAGAGUGGGCAAUGUCUGAGCUCCUGCAAAACCCUGAAGCAAUGAUCAAGAUCAAAUCUGAGCUUUCCAGAGUUCUCGGAAAUCAUAAGAAGUUGGAAGAUAGUGACAUUGAUGAUCUGCCUUACUUACAAGCAACGGUGGAGGAGACGCUACGCUUGCAUCCUCCACUUCCACUUCUGAUCCCGAGAAAGGCCAUUCGUGAAACCACCUUCAUGGGCUAUAGUAUACCGAAAAAUACACAAGUUCUUGUCAAUGCAUGGGCAAUUGGAAGAGAUGAAGAAAGGUGGGAAGAUGCUCUGUCUUUCAAACCUGAAAGGUUCUUAGGCUCAGAUGUUGGAUACAAGGGUCAAAAUUUUGAGUUUAUACCAUUUGGUGCCGGGAGAAGGAUUUGCCCAGGGAUUCCGCUGGCUCAUCGACUGCUGCCUCUGAUUCUAGGCUCAUUACUUCAUCAUUUUGACUGGGAGGCCUGUAAAAAUGUCCACAGUGAGGUGGUGGCCAUCGACAUGAUGGAGACGAUGGGGACAACAGCGAAAAAACUAGAACACUUGAUUGUAGUAGCGACACGAUCUUUAUAA